AUGAUGAAGUUUGUGGUUUUGGCUCUCUUUGUUGCUGGUGCCUACGGGUGCGGCUUGCCCACCUUCCCCCCUGUGGUGACCAGGGUGGUUGGAGGAGAGGACGUCAGGCCUAGCAGCUGGCCCUGGCAGAUUUCCCUGCAGUACAACAGACAGGGCGAGUGGAGACACACCUGUGGAGGCACUCUGAUCUCUGACCAGUGGGUCCUCACUGCUGCUCACUGCAUCAGUGGCAAGGAGUACAGAGUGGCCAUGGGAAAGCACAACCUGAUUCAGACAGAGGAGGGUGCUGUGUUCAUGGGCACCGCUAACAUUGUUGUGCAUGAGAAGUGGAACCCCUUCUUCAUCCGUAACGACAUCGCCCUGAUCAAGCUGGAGUCCCCCGUCACCUUCUCCGACAGCAUCAUGGCUGCUUGUCUCCCGGCUGCUGGCUUCAUCCUGCCCCACAACGAGUCCUGCUAUGUCACGGGAUGGGGUCGCCUCUACACCGGAGGUCCCAUUGCUGACAUCCUGCAGCAGGCUCUCCUGCCCGUGGUGGACCACGCCACCUGCACCAAGCGUGACUGGUGGGGUGCUCAGGUGAAGGACACCAUGGUCUGUGCCGGUGGAGAUGGAGUCGUGUCUGGCUGCAACGGCGACUCUGGCGGCCCUUUGAACUGUCAGAAGACGGACGGUGCCUGGGAGGUUCACGGCAUCGUCAGCUUUGGCUCCGGGCUCAGCUGCAAUUUCGCCAAGAAGCCCACCGUCUUCACACAAGUCAGCUCCUACAUCGAUUGGAUCAGCUCUGUAAGCUACUGA